AAUCUGUCUGAAUGACACUUGUUCAGCUGUCCUUCCUUUUAAAUGUAACCCGUCUUUACCGUCUUUGCCGAUUCCAGCCAAGGCAUGAAUUCUGCUGCCUGGGGUAUGACUGACGGACUUCGGCUUCACAUGGACCAAACAUGCUGCCGCUGGUGGAACCAGCUUGGCUUGGUUUAGCUAAUUAAAUUUGGUCAUGGUAGGUCCGUCAUGUCCGGGGGUCUGUCUUAUGGGUCUUUUCUUUUUCCUUUUCUCGUCUGUGUUUGGUUUCUCCGCCAGAGGGUUUCAUUUCCACGACGAUGACUUGCUUUUCUGGGUUAGGGCGUUUUCAGCCCUAUGAGGGUUCCGGUUUUUCAGGGGAUGAAAUGCGGUGUCGUUGGGUUGGCAUUAAUUUCCUUUUCCUUUCUUUUUCUGCUUCUGAUCCUGUCACUCUCGUCUCCUUCGAUCUGAUACUUGGUUUUUGUCAGCUCGUCCAGUACACUCAGGCCUUGAUUUCUUUCUCAAUGAGCCAGAUAGGGUUCGCCUCGCAUAUGAAAUACUCUGAAUCCGACCUCGGAUUCCACUAUCCUCCUAGUCGAUCACUAUCAUGGGCUGAACGGAUUCCGUAUCGAUAUUGUGCUUUCCGUCUGUGAUUUAUCUGUUCAUUGUCAGCACUGUUCGCUGUUCUUUACCUCCUUGUCUUCACUCGAUGUGAAAGAAGAAGGUAACUCCAUCUUCACCACCCAUCUACACAAAUAUCUAUACCAAACCAUCCAUCCACCCUACCUACCGAUCCAUAAACAUUCCAACUCCCCAAGACCCCAAGAAUAGGAUCAGGAAAAUGCACCUCAACAACACCCCCCGCUUCACAUACUCCACCUCCGCCUCAUCCGACCCCAUCCUCUCCUCCUCCACCUGGGCAGACAUCCUUACCCCGGAGUUCCUCGCCCACAAGGACGAACGCAAGGCCCCUGACUCACCCACCUGGUGGCUUGAUGUCCGCGAUGCCACAGAGCAAGACGUCGAGGUGCUCUCGCAGGCGUUGAACAUCCAUCCCCUCACCGCGGAGGAUAUCGUGACCCGCGAGACGAGGGAGAAGGUGGAGGUGUUUCGGAACUAUUAUCUGAUUUCGUUUCAGACGCUGGUUACGUUUUUGGAUGACGAGGGAGGUGGCAGUGGGGAGGGUGAUGGAGAGAAAGGAGGGGAUGGGGACGAUGUGGGUGAGAAAGAGGGGGAGAAGAAAAAGAAGAAGGAGAAGAGUCUGUUUCACGUGCCGACUAUCACGUCCAAGACGCCCGCUUCGGCUGUCUUCUUCAUCCUGGUGUUUAAUACCGGCACGGUCACUUUCUCGCCGAGUGGGUGUAGCCAUGUGAGGAGGGUGAGGGAUCGCGUGCGGAAACUUCAUGAUGAGACGGUGCUGUCGAGUGAUUGGAUUUGUUAUGCUUUGAUCGACGACAUCGUCGACUCCUUUGAACCCUACCGCCAGUCCGCCGAACUCGAAUCCGAAUCCAUCGAAGACUCCGUCUUCAUCGCGCGCUUCGACGACGUAAAACACCUCAUCCCGCGCAUCGACAACCUCCGCAAACGCAUCACCCACCUGAUCCGGUGCCUCACCGGUAAACUCGACGUCCUGAACGGUUUCGUCAAGCGCUGCCAAGCCAAAGACAAGAACCCCGUCUUCCCAGAUGGCGAUUUCAUCUUGUACCUGGGUGACGUGCAAGAUCAUCUCGUGACGACGUUGCAGAGUCUGUCGCAUUUCGAUGAAAUUGUGAGCCGGUCGCAGUCGAAUUGCCUGGCGCAGCUGAGUGCGAAUAAUUUGAGACUGAGUUUGAAUAUUAAUUCGGUGUUGAGUAAGGUUACUGUCCUGGCGACCAUCUUUGUGCCCAUGCAUGUGGUUACGGGCUUGUUUGGGAUGAAUGUCGAGGUGCCGGGGCAGGAGGUGCAUGGGUUGGGGUGGUUCUUUGGGAUUGUGGGGGGUUUUGUCGCGUUUAUGGUGAUUUCGUGUGUUGUGGCUUGGAGGUAUAAACUUCUUUGA